AGCCGGAACCGGAAGUCUAGUGGGCGGGGCUCGGCGGCGGAAAGCGCAGAGGAGCCGGAGCGGGGACUCGGCUGUGGCCGCUGCCCCUGUCCCUUCCACGGAUCGCCGUGGCUCCAGGCUGACGGCAGGUCCGGAGGCGGGUGGGCGCGGGUCUCCCCCGGAGUGUCCGGGCGGCGGCCUCCCCGGCCCCCCCGGGCUCCGCGAGAGAUCAUGUCUACAGCCUCCGCGGCUUCCUCCUCCUCCUCGUCUUCGGCCAGUGACAUGAUCGAAGCCCCCUCCCAAGUCCUCAACUUUGAAGAAAUCGACUAUAAAGAGAUCGAGGUGGAAGAGGUUGUUGGAAGAGGAGCCUUUGGGGUAGUUUGCAAAGCUAAGUGGAGAGCAAAAGAUGUUGCUAUUAAACAAAUAGAAAGUGAAUCUGAGAGGAAAGCUUUUAUUGUAGAGCUUCGGCAGUUAUCCCGUGUGAACCAUCCAAAUAUUGUAAAGCUAUAUGGAGCCUGUUUGAAUCCAGUGUGCCUUGUGAUGGAAUAUGCUGAAGGGGGCUCUUUAUAUAAUGUGCUGCAUGGUGCUGAACCAUUGCCAUAUUACACUGCUGCCCAUGCCAUGAGUUGGUGUUUACAGUGUUCCCAAGGAGUGGCUUACCUACACAGCAUGCAGCCCAAAGCUCUAAUUCACAGGGACCUGAAACCACCAAAUUUGCUGCUGGUCGCAGGGGGGACAGUUUUAAAAAUCUGUGAUUUUGGUACAGCCUGUGAUAUUCAGACACACAUGACCAAUAACAAGGGGAGUGCUGCCUGGAUGGCACCUGAAGUCUUUGAAGGUAGCAAUUACAGUGAAAAAUGUGACGUCUUCAGCUGGGGUAUUAUCCUUUGGGAAGUGAUAACGCGUCGGAAACCCUUUGAUGAGAUUGGUGGCCCAGCUUUCCGUAUCAUGUGGGCUGUUCAUAACGGUACUCGACCACCACUGAUCAAAAAUUUACCUAAGCCCAUUGAGAGCCUGAUGACUCGCUGUUGGUCUAAAGAUCCUUCUCUACGCCCUUCAAUGGAAGAGAUUGUGAAAAUAAUGACUCACUUGAUGCGGUACUUUCCAGGAGCAGAUGAGCCCCUGCAGUAUCCCUGUCAGUACUCUGAUGAGGGACAGAGCAACUCGGCCACCAGUACAGGCUCAUUCAUGGACAUUGCUUCUACAAAUACCAGUAAUAAAAGUGACACUAAUAUGGAGCAAGUUCCUUCCACAAAUGAUACUAUUAAACGCUUAGAAUCAAAAUUAUUGAAAAAUCAGGCAAAGCAACAGAGUGAAUCUGGCCGUUUAAGCUUGGGAGCUUCCCGUGGGAACAGCGUAGAGAGCUUGCCCCCAACCUCCGAGGGCAAGAGGAUGAGUGCUGACAUGUCUGAAAUAGAAGCCAGGAUUGCUGCAACUACAGCCUGUUCCAAGCCUAAACGGGGCCAUCGUAAAACUGCUUCAUUUGGCACCAUUCUGGAUGUCCCUGAGAUCGUCAUAUCAGGCAACGGACAGCCAAGACGUAGAUCCAUCCAAGACUUGACUGUUACUGGAACAGAACCUGGUCAGGUGAGCAGUAGGUCAUCCAGUCCUAGCAUCAGAAUGAUCACUACUACCUCAGGACCAACCUCAGAAAAGUCAGCUCGAAGUCAUCCAUGGACCCCUGAUGAUUCCACAGAUACCAAUGGAUCAGAUAACUCUAUCCCAAUGGCCUAUCUUACACUGGAUCACCAACUACAGCCUCUAGCACCAUGCCCAAACUCCAAAGAAUCUAUGGCAGUGUUUGAACAGCAUUGUAAAAUGGCACAAGAAUAUAUGAAAGUUCAAACAGAAAUUGCAUUGUUAUUACAGAGAAAGCAAGAACUAGUUGCAGAACUGGACCAGGAUGAAAAGGACCAGCAAAAUACAUCUCGUCUGGUACAGGAACAUAAAAAGCUUUUAGAUGAAAACAAAAGCCUUUCUACUUAUUACCAGCAAUGCAAAAAACAACUAGAGGUCAUCAGAAGUCAGCAGCAAAAACGACAAGGCACUUCAUGAUUCUCUAGGACUGUUAAAUUUUAAAAUAUGCAAAGAAAGACUUUUUUUUUUAAAGAAACAAAAACCUUUAUAAUGACAAUCAUGAGUGUUAGCUUUUUGGCAUGUUCUGAAUGCCAACUGCCUAUAUUUGCUGCAUUUGUUUCAUCGUUUAUUUUCCUUUUCUCCUGGUGGACAUGCAGUUCAACUGUCUCCUUGCGUAACAUGGGGGCAUCCGUGACUUGAAUAAGCAGCAAUUCUCAAUCAACUUCCAAACAGAUGCGUGAGCCGUGGCUGUAUAUGCAUGCUCUUUGUGUGAAGGCUAGCCUAACAAAACCAGGUGGUAUCAAACUAGCUAUGUGCAAAACACCUUUUUUUUUUUUUUUUUUUUUGAGGUGGAACCUCAAGAAUGAUGCUGUUCUUGUAUCUCAUCUCAAAAAAAAAAUGAAUAAAUUUUUUCCCCCAAAGGAUGCUAUAUACGAAGUUAAAGACAGGGUAUGGUAAAUCUAGAAUAAUUGGUGGUGCAUUUUAGAAAUGCAAUACGUUGAGGGAUAGUCAAAGUGAAAGCUUUGAUGCCAACAUCCUUGGAUCAGUACUGAACUUAGUUUCAUCCAUAAAAUAUUUAAAGGUAAGUGGUGGCUACUGUAUUUAAUAAAAGCAUAUUUCAUUAGAUGAAAAUUUGACUAGGACACAUUAAACAAAGUGGAACCCUUUAUAAGGUAAAAAGAUUUUUAAUUCUGUGGCAUGUAUGGGUGUUGAAAUUGUAAAGCUUUUAUGACUAAUGUUAAUAUCUCUCCAAUGAGAUUAAAAGGUAAAUGAACACUAUCCAACUUAAAUGAUAAUUCCUCCCUGUAAUGAUUAUUGGAUUGUUUUACUAUAUAUUUGAAAAACUGAAGAGAAAUAUGGAAAAUGGAAAUAAUUACUCCAGUGAAAAGGCUUGACUUAGAUACUUUUACAAUAUGAUAUGCAUUAAAAACUAGAAAAUCAGGAAAUGUUAGUAAGAAAUUAAAGAAGUAAUUAUAAAUUUAUCAAGUACCUUAUUUAUCGAUAUUAGAAUAAUUGAUUUUCCUUGCAAGCCCACCCUAGAAUGUUUGUUGCCUUUCAACACUUUUAAGGAAAUUCCAACACUUAAAAAGAGAGAAAAUUUAUAUUGUUAACAGUAACUUUGCUACCAAUUUUGAAAAUAAAAGUAAUAAUAAAACUUCAUUGAAAUAAUAGGCUAUAUAAGAUCUAUUUUUUCAGUUGGUAUUAAAAUAAGUCAUAUUUUGAUACCAGUACAAGGUGUCUUUUAAAUAAGGAUGUCAUCAACCUCAUUUUUAUAGCAUUAAUGUUUUUUAAGAAAAAAUUUAAAAUGAAAGUAUAAUUGAUGUGAUUAUUAGAACUAUAUCGUGAUUGUACUGUAGUUUUGCUCAGAUUAGCAGGUUGAUCUAAGUUACCAAAACUAUUCUUAAAAAUGCUAAGGCAGGUAACUUUUUCUUUCAUUAUUUUUUCCUCCUUCCACUGAGUUUUAUAAUGUAAUCUUUGUGUAUACAAGCAAUAAAGGCAAAGGACAGUUUGUAUUAAA